ACUUCAACUUCACCACAUCACUUCUCUCUCAUCAUCCUCAACGCCACCGCACACGACGGCGAUGAAGGAGGUUUGGACAACCAUUGCGUCUCUAAUGGGCGUGUGGGCGUUUUCCCGAACACUCCUAACCGCCAUCUUCCCACCGGAGCUUCUCUUCACUCUCACCAAACUCUUCCACCAUUUCUUUAACUGCUUCUCAUCCUACUGUUAUUACGACAUCACCGAGAUCGAAGGAGUCAACACCAACGAGCUUUACACCGCCGUCCAGCUCUACCUCUCCGCCACCGCCGCCUCCUCCUGCUCCGCCACCUCCUCCAACCGCCUCUCCCUCACCCGCGGCCUCAACUCCUCCGCUAUUACAUUCGGUCUCGCUCACAACGACCGCAUAACCGACGAGUUCAACGGCGUAUCUGUUCUCUGGGAACACAUUGUAACCCCCCGGCAAUCGCAGACGUUCUCAUGGCGUCCGUUGCCGGAGGAGAAACGUGGGUUCACGCUUCGGAUGAACAAGCGUGAUAAACCCUACGUUCUACAGUCAUAUCUCGAUUUCAUUACAGAAAAAGCUAAUGAUAUUCGAAGAAAAAAUGAAGAUAGGUUGUUGCAUACAAACUCACGUGGCGGAUCACUCGACUCACGUGGUCAGCCGUGGGAGUCUGUCCCGUUCAAACACCCUAGCACGUUUGACACGCUGGCAAUGGAUCCGUUGAAGAAAGCGGAGAUCAUGUCUGAUCUUCGGGACUUCGCGGACGGUAGCGCGUUUUACACGCGCACUGGUCGUGCGUGGAAACGCGGAUACCUUUUGUACGGUCCUCCCGGGACCGGCAAAUCCAGCAUGAUCGCGGCAAUGGCGAAUUUUUUAGGGUAUGAUAUUUACGAUCUCGAACUAACCGAGGUGCAAACCAAUCUGGAGCUCCGAAAGUUGCUCAUGAAAACGAGUUCCAAGUCGAUUAUCGUAAUCGAAGACAUUGAUUGUUCGAUUAAUUUAACAAAUCGUAAAGAAACCAACGGUGGUGGUGGUCGGGAUCAGUGUAGUUUCGGGUUACCCGAGGCGGGUCCGGAAACCGAACCAGGAACAAAUAACUCCAUAACAUUAUCCGGGUUACUGAAUUUUACAGACGGGUUAUGGUCAUGUUGCGGGUCGGAGCGGAUAUUCGUGUUUACAACAAAUCAUGUUGAGAAACUUGACCCGGCAUUGUUACGGAGCGGGCGGAUGGAUAUGCACGUGUUCAUGAGUUACUGUUCUUUUGCGUCGUUAAAAAUAUUGUUAAAAAAUUAUUUAGGGUGUACGACGGAUGACGUGGCACCGGAGGUUUUACGGCGGCUGGAGGAGGUUACUGAUGCGGCGGAGAUGACGCCGGCGGAUGUUAGUGAGGUGUUGAUAAAAAACCGGCGGGAUAAAGAUAGGGCGUUGAGGGAGUUGGUGGAGGUGUUGAGUGUGAGAGCGGAGAAGAAUAGAAGUCCGGUGCGGCGGCGUGAGGGGGAGGAGGUGGCGGAGGAGGAGGAGAAGAGGGAGGUGGAGAGUGGGGAUGCGGCGGCGGGUGGUGGUUGUUUUGGGGAAUAAUUAAUGUUUUUUUUAUUUGUUUGAGAUUGUGAGAUUGAUUUUGUGUUAUGGGAUUGGUGGGAUAGACAUUGAGAAGUGGAAAACUGUAACGCAAAACAACAUAAGAUAAUCAUCAGCCUACUAUUUGCUUUUUA